UUAAAAGUGUACGAUUCCUUUAAAAUGAACUCCUACAGCCCAUAUACAAACGGGGAACACAGGAUUUUCUACAUUUAUUACAUGCCGCUUUGGAAUACUUUAUUCUGAUUCAGUCGGGACAUUCCUAGGUGCGUUAAUCCCGGAUAACAAUCGUUCAAAACUUAGUUGCGAGUCAACUUUCGAGUCUUGGAUAGGUGCGAGUCGCUUUCAUAAAGUAAACUUUGACUUGAGUGCAUAGUUAAUGGAUAUUUAGACCCAGUUCUUUUUUAUACCCCUUCGCCUACCCCUCGAAACAAGGGAUGAAAAUAUUAAAUGAGAUGCAACUACCACACUGUCAUAGGUCAUCAAUAGCUCCUACUUUAAAGACUUUAAAACUUUAAAGAUUCUUGGAUUACAGCCUAAAACCUUCUCACCACAACCAACACACCACACACCCCUCUGGUCUCCCCCUCCGUUCAUUUGUAAUCGCAUCCCAGUUCCCCCUGUCUGAUUGUGUUCUGGUCUGGAAUGGAUGGAAGGGAAGAACCCCUGUUCGUGAUCAGUCCGGGGUACCGUUCCAUAGGCGGAACACCAUUGAAAACGCCUGGUCACAGCAGCUGAACAUUUGUCAUGUUGUGUCAUUUUUGUAUAACAUGAGCGGCGGCCUCUACUCUAAUAAGUUUGUCUUGUUUUCUUGUUUCAUUCUCGGGACAUAUGAGUCUGACAGAGCCAGGUCCGGUUGGAUGGAAUGCUCAACCUCAUGAUGACCACAGAAGAUGCCUUCAUCAACAGGAGUUUUCAAGAAUUUCUACAGAAAGCUACAGUUUGUAAACGGCGCAUGAUCAAAACAACAACAAUGCUGUAGCAUGAUGACGCUGUAAAGCAGUGUGGAAUGAUGGGAUCGGUUGUCUUCAACUGACGGAAGACAGUCAAUCAGACGGAAACGAGAAAUCAUGUUAGCAGAUGAGGUAAAGUAAUAAAGUUUUAUUAAUGUUGCGUAUAAUUGUAGUCCAUUAAUAAGAGACUGCUCGAAACAAGCUAGUGGCUUGCUAGACGCUAGACACUACUUCCACAUUUGUCCACAACAAUGUUGUCAUGCGGUUUCUAUGUCAGUAAAGGGGGUAACAAAGUGUAACACGGACAUGACAGGCAGGCGACUGCACAGCCCCGUGUCGCUGUUUAUAAUAGCGAUUUUUUUUCACGAUUUGCAAGUAGUUGGAAACAUUUGGGAGAUUGUAACUAUUCAGCUUAACAAAAUAAAUAACACUGGCCUAGUGGUUUGUGGAUAUUUUAUUGCAAAAUUGUUACAAUUUUACCUUUAAACCAGUUUUCAAAAAUGUGUAUUUUUUAUUCGUAUUAUGGCUGUCAACGUUAAUGUGUUAAUGCAUCUGUGCAGAAAGCAAUGACAGGAUCUCCCACUUGUCUGACUAACUAUGUAUAUGCAACUGCCGCACAUGUUGCUCAUGCAGGUGAUCUUCCGUCAUCUUUGAGAUAAUAUGUUUUGGAGGAAGCGUUGCUUUAGAAAGCGCUCUGAUGGGAAGGUGGGAUCUUAUCCUCAAUGCUAGCAUGCUAUAUUGUAAGACUCUCUGUAAUUGCCAAUGCAUAUUUAUUUAACACAAAUAAUGCACUUCGUUGUGUUUUGGGCAAAGCAUCUGUCAUUUGCAGUCAAUCCUGCACAUGCCUGCACUUCAUUCACAAACCAUGAACAAGACGUGCAGGACUCUGACUGACUGUGAUGACAGAUACUUUGCCAAACCUAUUUCACAAUAAGUGAAUUUGACUAAUGUUUUUUAACGUCUAUGAAUCAAUAAUAAAUCUGUUUUAGAGGCAGCCACAAAAUAUGUGGAAAAUAAAUUGUCGUAAAAGCACUUUUGCUUCAGUUUUUGAUAGCAUAUGUUCCCAUGAGCUCUGUGAAUCUGAUUUACUGUAUUGUAUGUGUCAUCAUUCAUGUCUAUGAAACCAAUGAUCAAAUUACUAUUAAAGCUUAAAAUUCCUCAUGGUCACUUAUUUGUUCCUUGAAAAUGUUCGGAUUUUCCGUAACAGUUCGGACAAUUAUGAAGUUGAACUGAGAUGCUAUUUGUCAGUGGACUCUUUCUCUGUUCCUGUGGCUCAGUGGUUGGAGCAUUGGAUUUGUGUGAAGAUGGAAAAAGAGCGCAGUCGGACUAAAGAGCGUCUGGAGAUCAGUUUGGAGUGGCUGUGUGAGCUCGACAUAUUGAAGCAGCGGCAGGAGAGCCUGGUGCUGGGCGCUCUGGCGCUCGGGGAUACAGUGCCGGGGUGCCCGGCGUGGGGUGAUGUUUGUCCGGCCCGCACCAGCAGAGAGCACGAGCAGCUGACUUUAAGACGACAGCUGAACCGGCUCCAAGGCGCCCCCAGCCUGCUGAUGCUGGAAUUGCAACAACAGCUCAGUGAGCUCAGGCUGGAUACAGGAUUCAGCUGUGAGCAGAAUACAGAAGAUGAACUGGACAGCCCCAGUGCAGCCAGCUCAGGAUUUUAUGAUCAAAGUGAGUGCCUGUCUCCUCCACUGCGCACUUGUUCCACUCCAAACCUCUCCAUGUCCUGUCACAGACCCAGAUCUGUGGAUGCCUACAUGCUGGACUGGGAGGCUCACAUGGACCCCACGAUACAACCCACCCUGCCCCGUUCAUUUUCUGCCCCGUACCCCCCUUUAGAGAAUAUCGCCGAGGGAAUAGAGGAGGAAGAAGAGGACGAUGAAAGCACUCAGUGGGAUACGGAUCAUCUUGUGGAAGUCGAGUCCAUGGCUGACGAGAACGACAGCCUCACGCCCGAGCUGAGCCUAAACACAGAUGAUGAAGGAAAAACAGACGAUGGCCCGACAGAAGAGGACAUCCAGCAGGCCAUGCGUGUGGAGGCAUACAUUCUGAAUCUCCUUCAGCGUCGACACCUCACAACGACACCCAAACUCAACUCGGAUGUCACUCAGUGGCACACAUACCCGCCCAGCUACCCAGACCUUCAACACGAUCAGCCAGACUGGCCCGAAUGGGGAGUCUUCUCAGAGGAUGAGAACCAGGAUGAGGGACAGGACGGAUAUUACACGACCCUUCCUGACACCCAGGCUGGACCAACUUCUCUGGAGAGCGAGGAGCUUGAAUCCUCCUUAGAGACGGAUCAGUAUGGAGCAGCGGAUAUCAGCUCCAGCAACGAUGAGAUUGACUCACCACAGCAUCGACCGGGUUAUUAUAAACACCGGCCUGUUAUGUCAGACACCAUGAAACCGCACGUUCACUCCUGCUGCAAUCAAACCUGCUCAGCCCCGGAGUCCCGUGAGCAACUCCUUCCUUCACAAGACCGGGCUGUUCUUCGCUCUCAAGCUAGAAGGGAUUCAGGAGAAAGGUGGACGUCCGGAUCAAAACGACACAUCAACACAACCGUCCGCUCUCAGUCUGAAGAUAGUUCCUCUUCUCAAGGAUGGCCCGCCCAUGCAGAGAACAAAUAUUACACAGUGGGAAAAGACACUGCAAGGCAUACCGGCGACAAAUCUUACACAUCCGAUCAGCGACUGUGGUGCUCCUCAGUGGAUCUCAGUCAGGAAGAGAACGAGGAUGCGCAUGAGAUCAGACACGGUUUACACAACCACACUUGCGUUCAGUUCGUGAAGAAGGACCACAGGGCUGGGAAGGGGUUGGCGAGAGCCGUUGAGCCCACCGAUGGUUCCGACUCCAGCCUGAGUGGGACUUUCUCCCCGGGGACCAGUUCGUUGUCUAGCGACUCAGAUGAGAGCGGUGGGCUGGUCUGGCCCCAGCAGUUGCCUCCUCGCUUGCCCCCGUCUUCAUCCUCUUCCUCUCUGAAUCCCUCCAGUUCUGUGGUGAAGAUUAAAGCUUCGCACGCACUGAAAAAGAAAAUCAUGCGUUUUCGCUCUGGCUCCCUUAAACUCAUGACCACUGUCUGAGUCGGACCUCCAAAAUACAUUUACAUUUAAGCAUGUAGCAGGCACAUUUGUCCAAAGCAAGUUCCAAAUGAAUACAUGACGAGCAUCUCUGUGUAUGUCAUAGCACUUGAUGAAGUUAUUUUUGCUAGUGUUGUAAUAGUGUGUUACUCAGCAGACCUCAUUAGACUAUGUUCAAUUAAAUUAUAGACAACUCUUAUACAAUCUCUAAGCAGAGGAUUCUGUUCAGAUCAUAUGGUUGGAUGUCAGGGAGUAAUGGAUUUCUUAAAAAAGUUGAAAAUUUUGUCAUCAUUAUUCAUGAUUAGUAACUUCUUGCCCUCAAGUUGUUCCCAUUUUCAUUUUUGUUAGUUUCGUUUGAGAAGGAAAAGUAACAGAUGGGAUCACAUCAGUAUCUCAGUUGUUUCUCAAACAGUAAUGAGAUUUAAUUAAGAGUAACUGAAAUCUUUGGCAGGUCUCCUUUAUCUUAGAUAUUUCUACCUCAGAAAUCUCACACAUGUCUCCAAAUCUUCCAUUAUUGAAGAUUUAAUAUCUCAAACAUUUCUCAUCAAAUUUCUCCAAAAUCAGAUUAUUUCAGCUCUACUAUAGUUUAUACAGAAUCUUCAUGAAUUUCAAAAAUCUUUCAUUUGAACCUUUUUCCUAUUCUGCAAUUUCCAAUUUCAAAAAGCAAUGUUUAAGUCGAAACAUGAGAGUCAAAACUUAAAUUAGACACUAAGGCAAAAAAUGCAAAUGAGAACAAUUAACAAAUACCUUUAACAAUGUAGUUGAGCAAUAAAGUCUCCAACUCUUCAUUACAUUUUUUCCCUUGUGUGUGUUCCGAUAAAGAAAGUUAUAUUGGUUUGGAACAACAUGAGGGCGAAUAAAUGAUCUUUUUUAUAACUAUGUUUCAUCUUACCUGCUAUGCCUCAUGUGUUUUCUCUAUAUUUUCCACAAGAUGCUUGACACCCAUACAUUUUGUAGCAUGUUUGUUCAAAUGCAUUUGUAGUGUUAUUACUGCAUCUUUUUUACAUUUAUAGUAACUUAUCUGUCUUUUUACUUUGAUGAUAAAGAUUGACCAUGUAGAAUAUUCAAAUGCACCGUUUAGUGCAUUAAAGGACAGGAAUAAAUUCAUUUGCUGCUCUACACUCAGACGCUCUUACCUGUAGGAUGGAGGGGCCCAUACUCAACUCACCUGUACAAACCUGUGAGUGUGGAAUGUAUAUAAAACAGGCCUUGCCUGGGUUUAAUAUUUCACCAUGUUUUUACUACCACUGUGUUGUAGAGUUUAUAAUGUUUCUGCUCAUCGCAUGUUCUUAAUAAACUGCUUCUAAAUGAUUUCAAAUAGCAGCUUAUAUGUACAGAGUUAUUGAUGUAAUAUUUUGAAAUGCUAUUAAUUAAAGUUAUACUAAAGUUA